CUCUUUCUCCCGAAGUCACAUAGAGUCAACUUGUGUUUAACAUCAGGCUUAUCUUAACAUUUACAUUACCGAACCGUGGAUUAAAUCAUGUACUGGGCAUUGCAUAAGGAGAUUUACUUUCUUGCUGGACUCAUGUUUACACAGUAGUCAGUGAGAAAUAAAUACAUUAGACAUGAAAUGGGGGGGAGGAUCUGGGCUCCAUUGCCUGCAGGAAGAGAAGGAUCCUCAUCUUAAGAGUAUGAAAUAAUUAGCAUCCCUUUUUGUAAGCAUGCAAAGUAAGUGUUUACAAUGAGGAGCAGGCACCUUUUAAAAUUUAUUAAUUUGAUUUAGAUCCCUGUCUUUUCUUUUUUCCCCCCAGAAGUUCAAGGAAAUGAACAUAAACUGCCUCCUCCAUAAUUUCCCCACAACGAUCCUGCUAGGUAGGCUGGGUUUGGACGAUAAUCAGGCAUGCAAUGAGCUCUAUGCCAAGGAUGGAGCUUCUUCUUCUUCUUCUUCUUCUUCUUCUUCUUCUUCUUCUUCUUCUUCUUCUUCUUCUUCUUCUUCUUCUUCUUCUUCUUCUUCUUCUUCUUCUUCUUCUUCUUCUUCUUCUUCUUCUUCUUCUUCUUCUUCUUCUUCUUCUUUUCUUCCCAUGGCAGUAAAUCUCAAAACUGGCCACAUGAGGGCCUCUCCAAAUGAUCUCUGCAUCUUUCCAAAAAUGACAACUGAAAGGCAUAGCUUGAGAAAAUUGUCACUCUUCCCGAAGGAAUGUCUGAAUCUGAAUCCAGGCAAGAAAAGAAAAACAAACAAAUAAAUAGAUAAAGCAGUGGAUCAAAGCUUUUUCAACCCCUCCCAUAGCUGAUAAAUAAGCCAGUAAGCAAAGCGUCAGCAAUGUUUUGUUGAAUUAAAUUUCCAUCGGAACAAAAUGCUGGUUUCUUAAGAGCCUCUGAUACCUAACCAGCCAAAUCCGUAUUUAGCUUUAGCCAUUCUCAGUUCUGAACCUGUAACUAACCAGGUGGUUGAGAAUUUCUCCGGAGUUUUGGAUUCAAAUGAGAGCAGGUUUUUUUUUUUUUUUUUUUUUUUUUUUUUUUUUGUAAAAUAGAAGAAUUGUUCAGUCACUCAGCCUAUCUUUUGAGAAAAACUCUGUGUGCUAUAACAGACCCUGGUUUCACCUCGGCUUUGGGUAAGCUGUGGAUGGAACCAGGACUGAAUCUGUACAUUAAUAUUUCAUCCCAACUCAGGUAAUGAUGGUCAAUUUGAGACAUCUAAGCUGAACGACCCAACGCUGCAUUCACACAACCCGUUCCCUGAAAACAAGCACUUGCCCAGGUCUUCGGAAUGGGGGCCCAAGGCGACUUUCUCCCCCGGAAGAGCUUUCCUAUCUUGCCAACCAUCGUCCCCAAACGGGGAGGGGGGACUUCACUUCCCACAUUCCCAGACCCCAGGGAGACCACAAACACCCAGACCACCACCCCCCAUCUAGCAAAGAGGAUAGCUGUGUUUCUGUCCUCUUGGGAAAAAGCCGGCCUUGAGGAAGGGUCAGCUGGCACGGGAAGUGAGUUCCUCCCCUCCUCUGGACUGCUUGAGAAGCAACCCGGUUCACACGACGCGGCUUUGUUUCCUUCGGGCAGAAAGGCGGGGGGGAGGGGGCGGGCAGAAGAACCCUGGAGAGCGACGCUGCUCCCUGGCGCCGCCCCUCGGGCGAGAGUCGGGGCGGAGCCCGACGACCAGGCUGCAGACGCGUGUCUUCUGUACGUGGGAACGCGCCCCGGCCGCUUCUUCUUUUUCCUCCUCCUCCUCUCCUCCUCCUCCUCCAAGCCAUGCUCCAGCCGCGGCCGCCUAGUCGCCGCUGCCCCUCGCUCCUCCCCUUGUGCUGAGCUGUGGCUUGAGCUUCCCCAGCCAGCCAGCCAGCCAGCCAGGCGGCAGGAGGCAGCCCCGCUCCCCGAGCAGGCGGCGGCGGCGGCGGCGGCGACCGCCUUCUCGCUCUCCCCUCCCACUGCCGGCCAGUCCUCUCGCGGCGCGGCGCGGCGGCUGGGCGCAGAGGCAGCCCGGCUCGCCUGCCCGCCUGCCCCAUGCCUUCCUCGCCCCCCGCCCCUGCCUCCUCCUCCUCGUCCUCCUCCUCCUCCUCCUCCUCGCCGCCGCCGCCGCCGCCGCUGCAGCCCUGCCCCGGAGCCUUCGCCUAGCCCGGUGGAGGAGACGCGGGGGCGGCGCCUGGCUCCGCGGUCGCCCGCGAUGGAUCUAUUCGACUUUUUCAGGGACUGGGAUCUGGAACCGCAGUGUCACUAUGAACAAGAUCGGAGCGCGCUUAAGAGGAAGGAAUGGGAGCGGAGAAAUCAAGAAGUCCAGCAGGAUGAGGACCUCUUUGCAUCUGGCUUUAACCUCUUUGGAGAACCAUACAAGACCAGCAAAGGCGAUGCUCUUGCCAACCGUGUGCAGAACACACUGGGGAACUACGAUGAGAUGAAGGACCUGCUCACCAACCAUUCAAACCAGAGCCACCUUGUCGGCAUCCCAAAGAAUCCUGUGCCACAAACCCCAGUAGACAAAAAUGAGCUGAAUUUUUUCCCUGAGCAAAGGAACCGGAUGGUCACAUCCCACCAGAUGGGUGGGAACGCCUCGACGGCUAUGCCUCCCCCAGCUUCCCUGUCAUCCAAUGCAAGUUUGCUGAAUGGCCACCAGAGCAGCAGGAAAUCCAGGACGGACUGGUCCCGUAGCAACCACAGCUCUGGUGGUGGCCAGUCGAACCAAGCCAGUAGCCAGCCCAAUCGGACCAAACAUGGCUCUUCUCAUGAGCCACCCCAAGGCAGAUAUGAGGACCUCUACCCCUGCCAGAACGAGCCCCAGAAAACUGGAGGAGGGGAGGAAGUCAACACCCCCCCUUCAUCUUCACAUUCAAGGAGGCACAAUCACUCCAAAUCCACAAUGGCUGAGCACUCCUACAAAGAGACCACCCACUCAAAGUCUCCGGUGGAUCUUGAGUUUCUGAGCCAUGGGUCCCCGCUUCCUUCUACAUCUUUGCUAUCCGCUGCCAACAAUCUUUCCAACCAGAACUUUCCUCCUGGGCUCCACUGUAAAAGCAGUAUGACCCAGCAGAAGCCCACCGCAUACGUUAGACCCAUGGAUGGCCAGGACCAGGUCCCAAAUGAUUCCCCAGAACUAAAACCAUCCAUAGAAACUGAAGGGGUCUAUGGAAACCAAUCCUUUGGAAGUCUACUGGAAGGGAAAAGCACCGGAUCCAGCUCUAAGAAUAAACUACCAAAGCUUACCAUUCCUCAAAUGAGUGAAGUUAGCCUUCCCAAUGAUUCCAGCUGUGUGGAGGAGAUAUUACGGGAGAUGACCCAUUCGUGGCCUCCACCUCUCACUGCUAUCCACACUCCUGGGAAAGCUGAACAGAACAAAUUUACUAUCCCAAGCAAAGCCCAGGAUUGCCAGCAUCUGACCUCAGGAUACCCUGCGCAAAAGUGGAAUGAGCCCACCAAUAAAGUUGCAACCAAAUCUGUGCCACAGAAAUCAAUGCUUGAAGAUGACCUGAAACUUAGCAGUGAUGAAGACGAUAAUGAUCAGACCGCAGAGAAGACAAAGCCUCGAAACAUUCCUGCAAAUGGCCUUCCACUGCCAACAGCACACAACACUGUCCUCAUACAUUCCAGUGGAGGGUCCGGAAGCUCCAGUGAAUCUGAAAGUAGUUCUGAAUCUGAUUCAGACAGUGAAACCAGCUCCAGCGACAGCGAAUGCAAUGAAGAAUCACGCAGCGGCACUCCGGAGCCUGAACCCCCCUCAGCUAACAAAUGGCAGCUGGACAAGUGGUUAAACAAAGUCAACCCUCACAACAAGACGAUCAUCAACAACCAACAGGACAGUCAGGGGGAGAACAGCGCUGCAUCCCAGAGCAGUGCCCAGGUGGAAGGACAAAACAAAGGGAAGGUGAACAACAGCUUGUCCCUGACCGAUUCCAAAGACAGGACCCUGCGCAGCCCCGCCCGAGAGAAAGCCAAACCCCGGGUGGCCCAGAAAACCCCAGCCGAUGUGAAAAAUUCCAAGCAGAAAUCCCCCGUUCACAACGAGCCGGUCCCCCAAAGGACGACUGGGAAGAAGCAACCCAAAAAAGUCGAAAGAACUUCCAGUGCAGAAGAUUACAACUGGCCCAAACCAAAUAUGACCAGCAGCACCCCCAAAGAAAAGGAGGUGCAAGAGAGCCCAGAGCAGGCCAAACUGAGGGCAAAGAUGGCUGCUGGGAAGACCGCUCCGAGGAAGGAGCCCAGGGCCACCGCAGGCCUGCCUUUGGAGAAGAAAAAGUACCGAGGCCCUAGCAAAAUCUUUCCCAAGUCGCGGGAGUUUGUGGAAACGGAUUCAUCCACCUCGGAUUCGAACACCGACCACGAGGAGAGCCUGCAAGCCAAGAGCUUGCAGGGAGGGAGCGGCUCGGACAGCGGGAUCAAAGCCAAGGACUCCAGCAGCAAUAUCCUGAGUGUCAGCAGCUUGAUGAGCAACAACAGCAACACUUCGGUGGACCAGAAUGGGGCGGACUUGGAGGAACAGCUUUUUUCACCUCUUCCCAUGGUUCAGAAUGAACCCUUGUCGCCCUUGAAGGAAUUCGAAGAGCUCAAGUACCUUUGGGUGAAAAUAGAUCUGAGUUUCCUCUCUCGGGUCCCUGGGCAAGAGCUGGACUUUGAGAACAUCUCUGGGAAGGUGGAAGCUCGAGAGGUCAACCUCAAGCAUCGGCGACAGGCGCCCGACUCUCCUUUGCCCCCGGCUGAAAAACCGUCCGCUAAAACCAAAAGGAAGCACAAACAGUCCGAAAAUGUGGAGAUAUUUGGCGACAACAAGAAACAACGCUUAGAAGAAUCUUCGGCUUCUUGCUUGCUUCCACCCUGCAUUUCUCCGAUACCCAACCAUAGGAUAACCAGCACAAAAGAAAGCAACUCCAUGAAAAGAAUGACCAAAAAGAGGGAAGAAAAGCUCUUCCCACCUCCACUGUCUCCUCUGCUUGACGAGACAGCCCCGCGGCACAACAUCAUGGACAGCGGCUCCUUCGGGCAAGAGAACUCCCUACCAAGCUCCUUGCAGGCCAACAUCUGCUCCAAACACAGGAAGAAUGAGAACAAGUCUUUGGUCAACUCCAAGGGAAUCAGUGAGGAAGAAGCUCACAGCAGGCCUUCCAAUCCUUUGCUGGAAUCCAGCCACCUAGACACCGAUCUUUGGUUGACAAGUCCCACCUUCAACAACGGGAAUCCUGAAUUGAGAAGACCCAAGAUAACAUUUGAUGAUAUGCUCCACAAUGCUGAUUAUUACAUGCAAGAAGCCAAAAAGCUCAAGCAUAAAGCAGAUGCCCUGCUGGAAAAAUUUGGCAAAGCGGUGAAUUAUGCUGACGCCGCUAUCUCUUUCAUCGAAUGCGGGAAUGCCAUGGAGCGUGAUCCAUUAGAGGCGAAAUCUCCAUAUACCAUGUACUCCGAGACAGUGGAACUGAUCAGGUACGCCAUGAGACUUAAGAACUUCACCGGGUCUUCUGCUACAGAAGGAGACAAGAAACUUGCAGUCCUUUGCUACCGUUGCUUAUCCCUUCUUUAUCUGAGAAUGUUUAAACUAAAGAAGGAUCACGCCAUGAAGUACUCCAGAUCCUUGAUGGAAUAUUUUAAGAAUUCAUCCAAAGUUUCACAGGCCCCUUCUCCUUGGGGUGGCAAAAGCACAGAAACACCAUCCCCCAUGUCUCUGAGCCCCUCGCCCAUCAGCAACCUUGGAAGUACCACAAGCACGGCAGGCUCCUCCUCUUCGGUGGGGACCAUCAGCAUCCCACAACGGAUCCACCACAUGGCUGCCAGCCACGUCAACAUCACCAACAACGUCUUGCGGAGCUACGAACAUUGGGACAUGGCUGACAAACUGACAAAAGAAAACAAAGAGUUCUUCAUAGACUUGGACUUGGUCAUGGGUCCAUUGACACAACACAGCAGUAUGACCAACCUGGUCCGUUACAUUCGUCAAGGACUCCAUUGGCUUCGUACUGAAGCCCACUUGUUGUAGUGAUGGCCAUGCCACCUGUCACAACUCCAUCCCGUUUCCUUCAUCGGCGCACAGGUGAUCACCGAUGGACAGCCACACUUCCUCCCGUAAUUGUAUUCAUAGAGUUUAAUUUUGUUGCUGUCUCUCUUUCUGUCUUAUACAAAACACAAACUAUUCUAUCCAUCCGGAGUGGAAUUGCCAUAAAUGGAAAAUGUAGCUUCCAAGCAGGGUACGUGUUCCUCCUGUUGAACCAGCGUUGUUUAUUUCCUUGGCCUACGAAUGGAUUCUAGAUCCUGCCAAUAUUGCCAUCUGUAACAUACAGAACGGUCAAUCCCUGCAGUAUUGCACUUUGUUCGAGAAAUAUAUUUGGGAGGAAAGGGUUAAUAAUAUUUUGAGGGCCCCUUUCUGAAAGUUCUCAUGCCUGCCAAUUAAUGCAGAGAAACUCCUUCUUCCCAACACAGUGUUGUCCUUCUGAUACAAACCAUCCUUUUUCUUAGCUUAAUCCUGACUUGUUACUAGACAAGAGGUCAUUGUUACAAUUGUGUGGUCCUUAAACAACUGUAACUUCAAGCAUUUCCACGCUGCCUUAAACACCGGCACAUAAAUACACAUGUAUCACAAAAGACUUUGGGAGAUCUCUAUAGAGAGGCCAGUGAACUAUCAUGUUUUGUAAUUCUGCUUUGUGGAUCUCCAUUUUUGAUGGGACAGCACCCUGCCCUUUUUAAAUCUAUUUCACCACCAUGGGACUCUUUUAAAUGAAAAUGAUACCCAGUAGUCCAUCCAGAUCUCUCUCUAAUCUAAAAAAAAAAUAAGUGAGAGAUGUUUUUUGUUAUUCUAAAUGUGUGGGGCAUCUCCACAAAUUACCAUAGAUUCAUCCGAUGGUACAAGGUAAUCUCAUUUAAUCUCAUUUAAUUGAACCAUUUGUGGGUGGGGGAUGUCCAUUACUCUUGAAUGUCCAUUAAAUGCAGCCGUUAAUUACCAUGGCAAGGGAUGUCAUGAUGGAAAUGAAGCCAAUUGUCUGAAAAUGUGAAUGAAACUGUAAUGUUACGCAAAUGACAUAGAUUGACCCUCAUUGCCUCAUUUGCAUAAGGAUAUCGUCAUUGCUCAAAGAUGCAUUGAAAUUGUCUCCUCUAGACUUCUUGGGAAGGGAUAGACUUGUGAGCUGUUUUAGAAGGAUGUCUAAAUGGCAACUGGAUCAUUGGCAUCCAGAGUCUGCUAAACAGAAGUUUUGUUAAAGCGAGGUUUCACUAUAUCCCAACAUGUGUUGGCUGGGGAAUUCUGGGAAUUGAAGUCCAGAGGUCUUAAAGUUGCCACGGCUGAGAAACAAAGCUGGACCCGGUUGGUUCUCAUCUAUGAUGGCCCAAUGUCCAAGCCUACUGAGAAGGCUCAGUAUAAUCACUGUAAUGACUCCAUUUCUAGGAUAGCCUAGAGAGGUGUUGGGCUGUUGUUGUUUUUUCAUUCCUUACUACAAAGCUUCUGAGAUGUGCUUUCAAACCUGUCCUUCUUUGUGGGUUGCAGCACACACCAUGCUCCACUCAGAAUGGUUUUAAUGAAGCCCUUUAGGCAUUAAGAGUCCUCUUCUAUCUGCAGGAGGGCAAUCCUUUUAAUAGGCCCCCCAACCUGUCACCGAGCAGGUAUGGGAGCUUUCAAAUCCUUCAGAAUCUUUCAUCAGGCAAGACAUUCACAAAGACACAAGGGUUGGAAAAGACGCCAACAAAUUCAAGAAUUAGGUUUCUUGUCCUCCUUCUGUUCACUUUCGGCAGGAAGAGAUCCUUUGGCUGACAGCAACAGACGGGAGGGCUGUGAGAUGAAGGGUUUUCCCAUAGAGUUGUGUACUGAAGAAAUUGAAAAUUAUCAUCAUAUUUUCCCCACUCAUCCAGUGGAGGCCACACAUCCAUUGAUAUCCCUACCAGGAGCUUUUAAGCAGGAUGUGCCCAUUGUUCUGCCUCUACCUACGUUUCCAACACUAGGACUAAAACUCAAGAUAUAAGAAGGAAGGCAAGAUUGAAAACCCCUUAACAGCUGCAGGGCAUAUUUCUUUUAUCACACAAACAAAAAAAGGGAAGUAAAGAAACCAAAACACAAGGGAUAAGGGAGAGAAAGCCUUUGAGAUCAGAGUCCGUUUCCAUUACACACUACCUUGAACUUCAAAAUAUAUUUCUUUUCCUAAAAACAAUAAGUAAGCCUUGGUAAGCCUUACAGAGUUGUCUUAUCAUUUAAUGUAUAAGCUUUAUCUAUUUGGACCAAUGCCAGUGCAGUUUAGAACUGCGGCACUCCUUACCUGUGAGCUAAGCUUUCUUGAAUUCAGUCAACAGCUUGAUUUUAACUAGACUAUAUUCCAUUAAUUGCUUUGUUAAAAUUUGGUUUUAAACUGGAUAUUGGCUAAUACCAUUUUCAUUUUGAUUUCUCUCUCUCUUUUUUUGGAAAAAGCACAGGUCCUCCACAACAGACUUUGUAUGAAGGAAUAAACUUAACAGACAAAUUUAAGGAAGGUCCUACUAAUGUCAACAGUUUAAUUGUAAAUGUCAUGGGGGGAGGGGUUUGGGGAAAUUAAUCCACGAAAAACAUCAGUCACCUAACAAUGUAAAUACCAUUUUAUGUCCUUAUCUCUCCAGAAUAAUAUUCCAUUCUUAUUAGAUAAUUGAGAGGAGAAUCACUUGUAGCUAUAUUCCCUUGUAUAAUCCUAUAAUUUCAGAAAGUGAUAUAUCAGUGCUUCAAACUGCUGGGGCAUCUGGGGGGGGGGGUUGCAUCCACGUGCCAAGAUUUUUAACAACUUGAGUCCAAAUCUAGUUUUAAAGGUUAACUUGAUGGCAGUCAAUAAUUCACAUUUUUUUAGAAAAAUAAAUACAUCUAAGUCUUAAAAGUAUUUUAUUCCACAUUAUACUACUAUAGUUCAAAAUUAGAAAGCACUCUUGGCAACAUUUGGCUGGUCUACAAAGACUUUUGCCAGAAUUUGAUUAUUUCAACCAGGUUAGAGAUUUUGCAUAGAAGAAUAGAUUCCCACAGAGACCCAAAGGUGCUUUUUCAAGAGGCAACUGGACUUUCUUUAUUUUUACUUGAAGACAUUUUGCUUCUCAUUUCCUUGAAGACGUUUUGCUUCUCAUCCAAGAAGCUUCUUCGGAACUUCUUCAUCCAUGACUGGAUGACUGAGAAUCUCCAUAGAUAUUCCCACAGAGAGUUUGUCUAAAACUUGUGACUUGAGUUAUGAUGAGAAGGACUGAGAAUCCAGCAUCUGCUGGUGAUUCCUUUACUAGCUUCAUCUGAAGAUCUUCUUUGCUUGCGUCUCCUUAAGCUUCCAUAUUGGAAACUGAACAUAGACUUCAUUUCCCAUCUGAUUCCAAAAAUUGCUCCAUAUCUCUGAGUAGGUCUCUCAAAUUUCUUACGUUUCUGUCUCCUUAUCCUUCCCCAGUUCCAUAUUAGAUUCAUGAGAGCUUUCUUCUGCAUCCAUAUAAUGCAUUUCAACAACACGCAAUAAGGCAACCGCCUUCCUGUCCAGAUGUCUGAAGGGGUGUCAUGAGUUAUGAGACUCUAUACCAGUGGUUCUCAACCUUUCUAAUGCCGCGACCCCAUAAUACAGUUCCCCAUAUUGUGGUGACCCCCAACCACUUAUACAUCACCGGGUGCCAGGGGCGUGGCCAAAGAAAAGGGGAAAAAAUGGCGGACAGCCUUGUUUGGCGACCCCCGUGAAAUGGUCGUUCGACCCCAAAUGGGGUCCCGACCCACAGGUUGAGAACCACUGCUCUAUACAAUCCAUUUGUUUUGCUAAACCUCGGUUUAGAGGGCAAGGAAAUGAUCUGGGAUUAAUUGGAAAAGAGUAGAAAAGGAUCGCAUCUCUUCUUCAAAUCUCCUAAAGAGGAAGAAAAGGGAAGGGGGGAAUCCAUCAAAAUUAGAUUGUCCUUUCCAUGCCAGAAAUGGAAAGCUUUUAAAAGCCCAAGAACCAGGCUCUAUUACAAAGGGGGGAAAGUUGCCCACCUUGAAAUUUACUCCAACUUCUGUUGAAAGUUCCUGUUCAUCUUCUUGAAAGCCUCAUUGGGAAGACUGACCAAGGUUACAGGUUUGAAUUAUUGCCCCAUUAAAACAAGCGGAUUUCAAACACCCCCACAUUCCCCCCCUCCCCGUUGAGUGAAUGGCAUUUUCCCUCAAUGGUGGGAGUGUAAAUCAGUCACGGUAAUAUAGCGCCAGCUCUGAACGUCUGCCAAUAAAAAAAAAUCUCUAGGGGAAGAAGAAGAAGAAGAAAAAAAAUCAACGAUGGAAGUUCCCCUUCCUUGCUAGCUGUAUCUCAGUGAAGGUGAAUGCCUCAGGCUCUGUUGGGGUGUAAAAUAUUUUAUCUGUAGGCCGUGUCAAUUAAAUGGGGAGUUCUUUGUGAAAGAAAGAAUUGGGGGCUGAAGGAAUGACAUCAAAGUGCUUGGCCAAUGUAGUCAACUGCCAGAGCUUCCAAAAAGGCAGGCUAAGAAUUGAGAAAAAUAUGGCAGUUUCCAACAUCUGAGCGAAUGCCGGAUGGUUUUAAACACUGGCUUAAACACACGGUCAUGUAAGACUUGACAUUUAUCCAGACUAAACUAGAGGGAGUUUUUAUUAUUAUCAUUUGCUUUGUUUCAUUAAGAGAUCUUGCAAUUUGAAAGCGGCUUUGGGUGCCCUGUAAGUUUAAAAAAGAAAAAGGCAGGAAAUUAAUUGGAGUCCUUAAGAAAGAAAGAAAAAAUCGUGGGCUGUCUUGUAGAAAUAGAAGUUACUCUGAUCAAAGGAGCUGACUUGACCAACAGAGAUUGUGGCUCCUUAAAGACUAAAACGUUCAUCCUUGCAAAUAUUUUUGAGGAUCUCAAUGAAUCUCCUUAUCAUAGCAUAUUUGACUUCGGAAUCUGUGGUCAGAGCCCAGGGGUGGCCAGCUUGAAAAUAAUCCUGGGCAGAAUCGCAUCUUUCCAACAAAAUAAAAAAAGCAAAGUCAUGUCCAACAAGCAAGCAAUGGGACGUUUCAUGAGAAGUUGUAAUCGGCUAAGAUGGUUCUCCUCCACACUUUUGACUCAGCCAAAUCCUGACAUCAACCAAACACCACUUAAAUCAAUUCUUGGAAAAUUCUGUUCUCUUUGGAAUGACAGCUUAUUCAGUUAGAACAGGGUUCUUCAACCUUGGCAACCUUAACAUGUGUGAAGUCCACCCAUCUUAAUGCUGUCAAAGUUGGAAAAACCCUGAGUUAGACCCUAUGGGAAUACCCUCGCCCGUUUUUAAGUCUCAAGAUGUAGGAAAGUAAACUGAGACCAAUGAAAGGGAAUUUUUUUUAAAGAAAAACUGUUCUGUUUCUCCUCCGGAGACUUAGGGAUUUGUCUGGCUCAAUGUAAGACUUGUGCAGCUGUUUUCCAUAACUGCCCCUAAACAAACCACAACAUCAUCUCAGGCUCAAUUUGCAUCCUGCCUUUACCUGUUUAGAGAUGUUAGUUAAACAAUUUCAAACAUGUGUAUCCGCCAUAGAAGUCAGCUCUCCUGAUCCAGAGUCCUCCAGAUGUACUGGACUGCAACUCUUCCAAUUUUCAAAUCAGUUGGAUAGUCAUGAUUGGGUUCCUGGGAAGGUCUUGCACUCUUGCAAAAGGAUUUCAACCAAAGUUAGAUCUUUAUUAUCCUACUGCUAGACGUGAAGCAUCAGGACCACAUAUUAAAUUCCAGUUCAGAUUUAUUGCUCAUGCCUAUAGACAAGAAUCUAGUCAACUAACAGUCAACACUAAAUUGGUGCUAGAUAAGAGUCAACAGCAUUCAUCAGGGUUGGCCUUAGACCACUUGAGGAAACGUAACGACUCCAGGCUGAUUCCUCUCUUGACUCCACUUCCAGGCUCUGCCUGCUCUUCUUCAACAUCUACCACUUAAAAUUAAAUUAUACUUGACUAUUGGGAGACCUAUAUACACAGAUUCCCACACCCACCUGGUGAUUUAGCUUGCAUUCAUUCAAAAUAGCCGCUUUUGUGGGCAGGGACCAUUCAUUGCAUAAUCUCUGAAAAUCCACAAUGUGUCUUUGGACCAAGCAUGUUAUUCCUUGUACAGUUUUAAGCAUAAGUUAAGAUGUUUUUGUACAGAUUAAGAUGCAGUUACUGUUAACCUGUCCAGCAAUUACUGAAAUGUUGUAUAGUUCUGAAAUCUUCAGUUCCUCUUCAUUUUUUUUUAAAAUGAUUGUUUUAUUUCUAUGUAAAGGGGAAAAAUGUACCCUGCUUGUUUACUUUGUACUUCCAAUGUGUUGCACAAUUACGCAUUUCUGUUUACAUUUUCUUUUCUAUUUUUUUAAAAAAUAAUACUUUCUGUACAAACAUUUUCAAUGUUGUUUGUUGUUUUCAAAAACAAUUGUCUCUGUAUAAAAUAAUAUUGGUUGAACUGGUACAUUUGUGUCUCUCAUAGAGGGAUUAAUUAUACUGCCGGUGCAUUGAAUUAUUUAAAAAAAAAAGGAAAAUAAAAUUUUUAUGAAAUGUUGAA